AUCUAUAAAUAUGAGAGACUGCAUGCAGAUCUCCAAGAAUGCUUAUUUUUCACCAUCUUUAUCAUCAUUAUACCUUCUUCUCUACGUGAAAUAAUACAAUGUCCCACUGUUACUUUUUCAAACCUUGUUCUUUUUCUCCCUAAAUUAUACUACUCACUCUUCUUUUCAAAUUUCUCUUCUCAGAUCCCAACUUCACACCAAUCCCUCAUCUCAACAAGACCCACCUUCCAAAAAUGCAACUUGGGACAUGUGUCUUCAACCUUGUUCUCAUAUUUUCAGUUUUCGGUCAGUUCUCUGCAAGUGUGGCAGAGUCGUCAUCGUCUUCAACACCGCAGGCACCAAUCUGUUCAGAAGAAGAUAGGGCUUCACUUCUGAGCUUCAAAGCAGGCAUUUCGCAGGACACGUCACAAACACUGUCCACGUGGACGGGCAGAGAUUGCUGCGAUGGUGGGUGGGAGGGAGUUCAGUGCAAUCCAUCCACAGGACGAGUAAACAUGUUGCAGAUUCAGAGGCCGGAGAGAGAUGAUGAAACGUUCAUGAAGGGUACUCUUUCUCCAUCUCUGGGCAACUUGCAUUUCUUGGAGGUAAUCAUCAUAAGUGGUAUGAAGCACAUUACAGGACCUAUUCCUAAUACUUUCUCAAAUUUAACCCACCUUACCCAGUUAAUUUUGGAUGACAAUUCCAUUGGGGGUUGCAUUCCUCCAAGUUUAGGUCGUUUAUCCUUGCUUCAGUCCCUUUCACUCGCUGGAAACCAUCUCAAAGGACAGAUCCCUUCAACAUUUGGGGCUCUGACAAACCUUGUCCAGCUUAAUUUAGCAAGAAAUUCUCUGUCAGGUCCUAUCCCCCUCAGUCUUAAAACCCUUAUAAAUUUGCAAUACCUUGAUCUCAGUUACAAUUUAUUAUCAGCUUCCAUCCCGGAUUUUAUUGGGGAUUUAAAAAAUUUGACUUACGUAGACCUUUCCUCUAACCUUCUAACCGGAAAAAUUCCAGUUUCCUUGUUCGACCUCGUGAAUCUUUUAGACUUGUCCUUGAGCAAUAACAAACUCACAGGGAACAUUCCAGAUCAGGUUGGAAAUCUGAAAUCCCUGACCAGUCUUCAACUCAGUGCCAAUCUGCUCACAGGGCAUAUUCCACUGUCCAUAUCAAGACUACAGAACCUUUGGUAUCUCAACGUAUCCAGGAAUAGUCUUUCAGAUCCCUUACCAGUUAUCCCUACUAAGGGCAUCCCUGCCCUUUUGUCCAUAGACCUGUCUUACAACAACCUCAGCCUUGGAACUGUUCCUGAUUGGAUCAGAAGCAAGCAACUCAAAGAUGUACAUCUUGCUGGGUGCAAAUUGAAGGGAGAUCUUCCACACUUCACAAGACCAGACUCUUUGAGCUCCAUAGACCUAUCAGACAACUACUUGGUUGAUGGUAUUUCAAAUUUCUUCACUAACAUGUCCGGCCUGCAAAAGGUCAAGCUCUCCAACAACCAGUUGAGGUUUGACAUAUCUACAAUCAAGUUGCCAACGGAGCUCUCUUCCAUAGACUUGCAUGCAAAUUUGCUGGUGGGUUCAUUAUCAACAAUAGUGAAUAACAGGACAAGCAGCUCUUUGGAGGUUAUUGACUUGUCAAACAAUUUCAUUUCGGGACACGUUCCAGGAUUUGUGGAAGGCUCAAGCUUGAAGGUACUAAACGUUGGAAGCAACAACAUAACAGGUCCUAUCCCAGUCUCUAUCUCAAAUUUGGUAUAUCUUGAGAGACUGGACAUCUCAAGAAAUCACGUAUCGGGAACCAUUCCCUCAGGUCUAGGUCAGUUGCUGAAACUAAAAUGGCUUGAUGUAUCCAUAAAUGGAUUAACCGGCCAAAUUCCGAGUAGUUUAUCACAGUUAACUAGCCUAAAGCAUGCAAAUUUCAGGGCAAACAGACUGUGUGGUGAAAUACCACAAACCCGACCAUUCAACAUCUUUCGACCGGUUGCUUACGCCCACAACUUGUGCUUAUGUGGCAAACCUUUACAACCAUGCAAGAAACACGGAAGCAUGGGUCAGUGAGAUGCUGACUCUGUCAUACUAUAUAUAAUAUAUAUAAAUGCUCAUGUCCUGCGACCAUUGUUACAUAGAGCAAAAUAGAAUAGGUACCCCACAUCUGAAUAUUUCUUUUCUAGGUCGACCACAAUGCAAGUUCAAUUUUAUAAUUCAACAUUGUUUCUCUAAUAAAAUAUGCACUCAUUUCAUUACGUGCUUAGAUUGUAUAUUAGAAUGGUCUCAACGGCUUUUUUCGUGUGGGCACACUAAAAAAUAUCACAGUAAACACCGGCACAUGUGGACCUGGCUUUUAAAGGUUGACCACAGCGCUGAAGAGCACCCUGUCCUCAAAGAAUCUUAUCCAGAAAAGCAUGGCGUGAAUCAAGCCAGCAAACGCAAAGCAACUCCUAAAACUGAAUGCUACGCACAUGUCAAUGUCACGAAUAGCUGUAGCCACACACCAUACUACAUCAUCAAUUACCCUGAACAUAUAAUGAGAAAGAACCAAACUAAAAAGCAUCG